AUGGCCCAACCGCUCGCUCUUUGCCGCCCGUCCCCUUUUUGGGGGGCGCCCUCGUCGCAAUCUCCGUCACUGUCGGCGCGCUGUGCGCGCGUGCCACGCGGUGCGGGCGUGAGCCGACUUUCCGCCAUGAGGGCGCCUUCAGCGGUGGCCGCGCGGCGGUGCGUAGUCGUCACUGCUUCCGCGGGUGCGGGCGCGGUAGACGCGGGCGCGGAGGCGGUGGAGAUUGAGGCGGCGGUGGCGGUGCUGGCGGAGGCGGCGCGCAGCAAGCAGGUGAAGGGCGAGGCGGUGUUUGCGGCUCUGCGGCGGCUGGAGACGCGCAAGGUGGGCGCGGAGGAGAGCAAGGCAUGGCUGGCGGCGCUGGGAGGGGCGGCAUCGCCUGGACACAUGUGGCAGCUGGUGUUCACCGCUGGUAGCGGUGAGGUGCGCAAGGCGGCCAAGGGCGGGGAGGGCACAGGGUCAUACUUCCCCAUCCCUGCCAUCCAACGCUUCGAUGCGACUGCGAUGGAGAUAGAGAACGGGGUGUUCCUGGGUCCGGUGGGCUACCUCACCUUUCAGGGCCCCAUGGGCUUCACUGCUCGCCGCCUCGCCUUCACCUUCCACACACUCACCCUCAAGCUUGGCCCGCUGCCACCCUUCCAGUGGGGGAUAGGCAAGGAGGAGGACAAGGGGAGGGUGCCGGGGGAGGGCAAGGCGGGCAGCAAGGACCCUUUCUUCACCUGGUUCUACGUAGACGAUCACAUCGCUGCUGCCAGGGGCAGGGGCGGCGGUGCUGCCUUCUGGGUGGAGGGGCGCGUGGUGGCGGAGAUCGGCGCGGGGCUGUGCGUGCUGGUGGGGGUGAUGGCGGGGGACGGCGAGCAGGACUGCGAUUACAUGUGUCGCAAGAUACUGAAUCUGCGCCUGUGGCCCAAUGAGAAGACUGGCAAGGCCUGGGACCAGAGUGUGUCGCAACGAGGCUACGAGGUGUUGCUAGUGAGUCAGUUCACCCUAUACGGCCAGCCCAAGGGUAACAAGAUCGACUUCCACGUCGCCAUGCCCCCACAGCAGGCCAGCGCCUUCUAUGACGCUUUCCUGCACCGCGUGCGCCGCGCCUACCACCCCGACCGUGUCAAAGCGCUCUCAAUGCUUUUCGUCUGCACAUGCCUGCGUGCUCAACUUUCCCUUGUGUGCGCGCGUGUGUGCCUCUGUCACCCCGUGUCCUCCCUGACCUGUGCGCGCCUCUGCACUGCCCGCCCAUCCACCGCAGACGGCAUCUUUGGCGCCAUGAUGGAGGUCAGUGGGUGGUGGUGGGUGGUAGCGGGGGGUGGUGAGGGUGGGGUGGCCCAUUGGUGUGUUGCCAUGUCAUGGCCUUUUGAAUGCGCCAGCCUCUUUGUGGAUGCCUCACCACCCCGUUUCCUCCCACCAUGCUUGCCGUCCCCCCACCUGUCCUCCCUAUGCCCCCCCUCCUCAUGUCUCUUUCAUUUCGUGCUGGACGUGCAGGUGCACAUAGCCAACAGCGGCCCCGUCACUCUCUUCCUCGACUCGCGCAAGCAGUCAAGCGCGGACGGCAAUGGGGGCACUGCAAGCAAGGAGAGCAAUGCUGUAAAUGGGGGCGAUGAGGGCAAGGAGGGGGCAAUGAGGUGA